AUGGCGAGCGCGGUUUUGUUGCCGUCGGUGCAGGACCGGACUCAGGAGUUCCGGGCGUGUGUGACUUCGAUAGCCAAAAUUAAUGGCACGGUUGUAGGUCGACCCGGGAGUUCGUCGUCAGGCCAGACCGGUAGUUACGGUGGCAGUGGAAUCAUAAACGGACCAGAAUCCGCGUUUGGAGGGCCAGGGGCCAGUAGCGGAUCAGGAACGGGAUUAGAAAAUAAAAGUCCUAAGAGCCAGUUCGCGUUGCGAGCGUCAGGAAUCGCACAAGAAAUCAGUGAAACAACGGCCAUGUUACAACGAUUGGCGUUGCUGGCUAAACGCAAGACGUUAUUUGACGACCGACCUGUCGAGAUUGGUGAGCUGUCAUUUGUAAUCAAACAGAAAUUAUCGAAAAUCAACGACAGUAUAGCGUCGUUACAGGCGUUUGUUAAGACGCAAGGAGGAGGCAAAGCAGCGUCUGCUUGGGGCACUAAUAAAUCCGAAACUCAAUUAAAUGAACAUUCUAGAAACGUGGUAGUUCUUUUACAAGGAAAACUGACAGAUGUGACUACGGGGUUUACAGAAGUGCUUGAAACACGAACUAAGAACACUCAGGCCACUCGCUCGCGUACUGAACAGUUCAUUUCGUCAGCAUCCUCGUCCGUACGUGAUCAUACAUCCAGUGAAUCGCCAUUAUACGCGGCAGCAGCCAAUCGACGAGGAAACAGUUCACCUGCCGGAUCUGCUGCUACUGGUGGUGCUGGUGGUGAUGAGUCGUAUGGAGAAAACCCCUAUGGCCGACCGUUGUCGUCUUCUACAGCACAAUCUCUGUUACCGGAUCACGAUAAACCCGGGUCGGGACAAGACGAUUUCCUGGUCUUACCACAACAAGAACAGACCAUGGCGUUAUUAGAAGAGCAGCAGGAUUCGUAUUUGAGUCAACGAAGUUCGGCUGUUGAAGCUAUUGAGUCGACUAUUCAAGAACUGGGCGGCAUCUUCUCACAACUGGCGACAAUGGUGGCCGAACAGCGCGAAACCGUGCAACGAAUCGACGCCAACACCGAAGACAUCGCCCUCAACGUAUCCGGAGCACAGCGUGAACUGCUGAAAUAUUACUCGCGAAUCUCGUCGAACCGCUGGCUCAUGGUCAAAAUGUUCGGCAUCAUCAUCGUAAGUUAUACGGGGGCUACUGCCUCCGGCGGCUGGGGCUCUGCCCCUGACCCCGUGGCUCCUCUCGCUGCGCUCGAGUCGGCACGUCUACUAACCGCUGUUACCAGUUCUUCUUCUUCAUCUGGGUCCUCGUCUCGUAGACUCCCUCACUCUCUCACUAAUAGCAUUCCUCUAACACUUGUCGGUCCCCUCGUGCCUCCGGCGGCUGGGGCUCCGCCCCAGACCCUGGUUGCUCCUGCUUCGCAGGAGUUUGUCCCGGGUCCCUCGACGCAACGACUCGAGCGAAGCGAGAGGAGCAACCAGGGUCUGGGGCGGAGCCCCAGCCGCCGGAGGCAGUCUGUCCGUCAGAAUUAUUUCAUGUACUCAUAUAUCGAAUGCAGCGGGCCGGGUGGGUGA